AUGUUUUCAUAACUCCAAAGUAAAUCUAGACCUUUUUUUACUUAAUUACUUGAUAAUCCUGCUCUAUUAAGAAAUGCUAAAUAUUUCAUUAAUGAAAGUAGAAUAUCUUAAUAAACUUAAUCAGCAUAAGCUGAAUCUAAUAUAGUUCUAUAAACUAAUAAAUUACCUAAAAAUUUAGAAGAACUUAAAGAAAUAAUUAUCUAAAAUUUCUUAUUGAAAGUGCUUAUAAAUUUAAUGAUGAAUCAUAACUUAAGAGUUAAUAUCUUCGCAAAAUUAAUUAUCAAAAAGAAAUUAGACCUAACUUUUCUGUUUAGAUCCUUAAAAAGUGCUUAAGAUAGAUCCUAAUCUAUUGCUACUUCAUUCUAAAGGCUUGAAAUGGAAAGAACUAGAUAACAGAAAUUACUUGAAAAAUAAAAAAAUCUUAAAAUCCGUGUGAUUCAUUAAAAUCAUUUAUUAAAACAAUUAUCUUGUUUCUAGAUUUAUUUAAGAUUAAAUUUAUCAAAUAUCUUAAGACUAAAUCUUAUCCGAACUUUCUAAUCUUUUAAUUUUAAAAAAUAAUCUCAACCAUAUGAAAUUACAAUUGAUCAUUAUAGAAAAUUGAUUAUGAAUAAACAAUAUUAAUAAAUAUUUUAAAGAACUAUCUCUGUAUAGUUAUUGAUUAAUACUCGAUUUUCAGCAUUAGAUAUAUAAAAUUUAAUUAAUAUUUAAAAAUAUCAGUUAUAAUAGAAGAAAUCACGAAACGACUUUUUAAGUAAUCUCAAAUAUAUGACAGUUAAAAUAAUCUCUUAGCGUUGA